AUGCUCCGUGGCGCUCCAGGACUAGGCCUCCGGGGCCUCAAGGGGGCUGAGGCCUCUGCAGAAGACUUAGGGGGCUCUUGCCCAGAGGCUGGGAGGGAUUUGGGGGUGCUGAGGGAAAACAGCGCUCCUCGCGGCGUGAGCGAGGCGGAGGAGGCUGCAGGCAGAAAGCGCAGCCGGCCGGUGCGGUCCAAGGCGAGGCGCAUGGCAGCCAAUGUGCGGGAACGCAAGCGCAUCUUGGAUUAUAAUGAGGCCUUCAACGCGCUGCGGCGCGCGCUGCGCCACGACCUGGGAGGCAAGAGGCUCUCCAAGAUCGCCACGCUGCGCCGGGCCAUCCACCGCAUCGCCGCACUCUCCCUGGUCCUGCGGGCCAGCCCCGCGCCCCGGGGGCCCUGCGGCCACCUGGAGUGCCACAACCAGGCCACCAUCCCCAAGGACUCUGCGCCCCUGCGGCCCUGGCCGGGCACCGCUGCGCUCAGCUUUGCGCCUCCUGCGCCCCGCUGCGCCACGUGCUCCCCACUCGCGCUCCUGGGACAGCCCCGGGUGGAGAUCGAGGCACCCAGCUUGGUCCAAGCUUCCGCAGGAAGCUGGUGCCGAUGCCCUGGGGGUCCCCCUGCUGGAUCGAUUCCCUGGCCACCGCGGGAUUAUCUGCGAACGAGCCCCAGGCUGAACUAUGAGCACUCUUGA